AUGGCUGACAACAACUCCGAGACCUUCGCCUUCCAGGCUGAGAUUGCUCAGCUGAUGAGCCUGAUCAUCAACACAUUCUACAGCAACAAGGAGAUUUUCCUUCGCGAGCUCAUCUCCAACUCGUCCGAUGCCCUGGACAAGAUCCGCUACCAGUCGCUCACGGACCCCCACGCCCUCGACGAGGAGAAGGAGCUGCGCAUCGACAUCAUCCCCGACAAGGAGAACAAGACGCUCACCAUCCGCGACACCGGUAUCGGCAUGACCAAGUCGGACCUCAUCAACAACCUCGGUACCAUUGCCCGCUCCGGCACCAAGUCGUUUAUGGAGGCCCUGCAGGCUGGCGCCGACAUCUCCAUGAUUGGCCAGUUUGGUGUCGGUUUCUACUCAGCCUUCCUCGUUGCGGAGACGGUGCAGGUGCGCACCAAGCACAACGACGACGAGGCGUACCUGUGGACCUCCAGCGCUGGUGGCUCCUUCACCGUCGAGUCCGACAACUCUGGCAUUGUCAAGCGCGGGACCGCCAUCACCCUGCAGCUCAAGGAGGACCAGCUCGAGUAUCUCGAGGAGAAGCGCAUCAAGGACAUUGUGAAGAAGCACUCGCAGUUCAUCGGCUACCCGAUCCGUCUGCAGGUUGAGAAGGAGCGCGAGGUUGAGGCCGAGGACGAGGAAGAGGAGGAGGAGGAGAAGAAGGACGAGGAUAAGGAGGAGGACGAGGAGAAGCCCAAGAUUGAGGAGGUCAAGGACGACGAGGAGAAGAAGGAGGGCGAGGAUGACGAGGAGGAGAAGAAGGCCAAGAAGACGGUGAAGGAGAAGUACAAUGAGUUUGAGGAGCUGAACAAGACCAAGCCUAUCUGGACCCGCAACCCGGACUCGAUCAGCAACGACGACUACGCCGCCUUCUACAAGAGCCUGACCAACGACUGGGAGGAGCACCUUGCCGUGAAGCACUUCUCCGUCGAGGGCCAGCUCGAGUUUAAGGCCCUGCUCUUUGUUCCCCGCCGCGCGCCCUUUGACAUGUUUGAGAACAAGAAGCAGAGGAACAACAUCAAGCUGUACGUGCGCCGCGUCUUCAUCAUGGACAACUGCGAGGAGCUCAUCCCGGACUGGCUCAACUUUGUCCGCGGCGUCGUCGACUCUGAGGACCUUCCCCUCAACAUCUCCCGCGAGAUGCUCCAGCAGUCGAAGAUUCUCAAGGUCAUCCGCAAGAACAUUGUCAAGAAGUGCCUGGAGCUCUUCAACGAGAUUGCCGAGGACGAGGACAACUUCAAGAAGUUCUACGAGGCCUUUGGCAAGAACCUCAAGCUCGGCGUGCAUGAGGACAGCGUCAACCGCAAGAAGCUGCUCGACCUCCUCCGCUUCCCCUCCUCCAGCGGCGAGGACCUCGUGUCCUUCAAGGACUACGUGUCGCGCAUGAAGGAGAACCAGAACGACAUCUACUACAUCACCGGCGAGUCCAAGGAGGCCGUGGCCAACUCAGCCUUUGUGGAGCGCGUCAAGGCCCGCGGCUACGAGGUGCUGUACCUCGUCGACCCCAUUGACGAGUACAUGGUGAACCAGGUCAAGGAGUACGACGGCAAGAAGCUCGUCUCCGUCACCAAGGAGGGCCUCGAGCUCCCCGAGGACGAGGAGGAGAAGAAGAAGUUUGAGGAGGCCAAGGCCAAGUACGAGCACCUGUGCAAGGUCAUGAAGGACGUCCUGGACAAGAAGGUGGAGAAGGUCACCGUCUCCAACCGCCUCGUCAAGUCCCCCUGCUGCAUCGUCACCGGCCAGUUUGGCUGGUCCGCCAACAUGGAGCGCAUCAUGAAGGCGCAGGCCCUGCGCGACACGUCCACCAUGGGCUACAUGGCCGCCAAGAAGCAUCUGGAGAUCAACCCGGACCACCCCAUUGUCAAGGCCCUGCACGAUAAGGUGGAGAAGGACGAGAACGACCGCGCCGUCAAGGACCUCAUCUUCCUCCUCUUUGACACGGCGCUCAUGGACUCUGGCUUCAGCCUGGAGGACACCAGCUCCUACUCUGGCCGCAUCUACCGCAUGAUCCAGCUUGGCCUUGGCCUUGACGCCGACGAGCCCGCUGAGGAGACGGCCGAUACUGGCGACGACAUGCCCAACCUCGAGGAGGCUGAGGACGACGUCGAUGACGCCGGCGAGAUGGAGGAGGUCGACUAAGCACACACACACACAAACACAAACACAGCAUUCAUUUGUGGCCACCCCUGCUGCCUUUUUUUGGCUUUGUUCGCUUGUUGGUUUGUUUGCAACGUCUCUUCCUCCCUCCAAUUUCUCCCCUCUCUCCCUGCUCUACCUACCACGCUCAAGCGCACUGAUUUGCGUAUGGUGAUCGCUGCUUGAGCGAUUUGGUUGUUUGUGUUGCCAGUGCUCUGACCCUGUGUUGUCUGACUGAUUGUUGCAUGGCACGCCUGCCAUCUUUUUCUUUUUUUCUCUCUUUUCCUCGGAAUUCCUUCCGAGUACAUUACAUUAC